AUGGCUCCCUCCAACCUGCCCCCGAUCUUCAAUCCCACCUCCCAGGACAUUGAGAUGCUGCUUGCAGCUCAAUGCCACCUGGGCUCCAAGAACCUCCAGGUGCACAUGGAGCCUUACGUCUGGAAGACUCGCCCUGACGGUAUCAACGUGAUCAACAUUGGCAAGACCUGGGAGAAAAUCGUCCUCGCUGCCCGUAUCAUUGCCGCCGUCGACAACCCCGCGGAUGUUGCGGUCAUCUCCGCUCGUCCCUACGGUCAGCGUGCUGUCCUGAAGUUCGCCGCGCACACUGGCGCCACUGCCAUUGCUGGUCGUUUCACCCCCGGUAACUUCACCAACUACAUCACCCGCUCCUUCAAGGAGCCUCGCCUGAUCGUCGUCACCGACCCCCGCACCGACGCCCAGGCUAUCAGGGAGGCUAGCUACGUCAACAUCCCUGUGAUUGCUCUUUGCGACACCGACUCGCCCACCGAGUUCGUUGAUGUUGCUAUCCCCACCAACAACAAGGGCCGUCACGCCAUCGGUCUCAUCUGGUGGAUGCUGGCCCGUGAGGUUCUCCGUCUCCGCGGAACCCUGGCCUCCCGCGACGUGGAGUGGGAUGUCGUCGUCGACCUCUACUUCUACCGUGACCCUGAGGCUGAGGAGACCAAGGAAAUCGAAGAGGCCAAGGCUGCUGGCGCUGAUGAAGUUGGCCCUGCUGCCAUUGAAUCUGGAUACGCCGCCGACAACUGGGAUGUCCAGGGUGCUGGUGCUGGUGUUCCAGGCUCUGCUUUUGCUGCUGCUAGCGCUGUUGCCGCCGGCACCAGCUGGGAGGCUGACGGCGGUGACUGGGCUGCCAGCACUGGUGCUGCUGCUGGCGGUGAGAGCUGGGCUGCCGAGGCUCAGGCCAACCCUGACACCAAGUGGUAA